GUACCAACCCAGUCUCACGGCAGUUCGUGAUUUGGUCACGUAAUUUAAUCUAUUUAUUCGUGGCAGGGGCACGUUUAUUUCGUUAUUUUCGUAAUUGCAGCACGUUUUUUAAACUAAUGCAUUUCAAUUGGAUGCAUCUUUCGUGCAAUAGCACGAUUCUUUCUGCCAGUCGGGCUGCAGCGGAGAAACUGUUUAAUCAACAUUUAUUCACGAGAUCUUAUCACGGUGCUGCUGGCUGCUAGCCAUUUUGGUGGGCUAACCAUAAUUCCUUUAUGAUUUUAAACAUACAGACAGUUUGCCAGUGUUUUAUAUACUGUCAAAGUUCGUCAGGGGCUGCGCAAAUUGCGCAAUCCGACGGAGUUGUUGGGGGCACAUCUAGAGCAAUUAAAUUCUCUUGUUAUGCAUGUUUUGUUAUGCCUGAAAGGUGCCUAAUAAUACUGAAAUAAUAUCGGCAUUAUAAUGUUUAUUGAUUUUUCAUUAGGAUAUUUUUGGUGACCCUUCAGCCAGUCGGUGUUACGCACAGCGCGUCGUGGGCAUUGGUGGCAGUGGCGGCACUGAAUAUUAAUUAUGUAUUAUUAUUUCUGUCUGUAUCGGUUAUUAUUUCGAAGCUGGGUUGCUUUGCUGUUUUUUGAUAUUUUUAAAACUAUAACGCUUCAUCUAUCAACAUUUACUUAGAUGUUAAUUAUUGUAUUCAUUCAUUUCUUUAUUUUAAUAAUAUUUUUUCGGUUUUAUUACCGGUGAAAUAUUACAGUAAGCCAGAACACGGGCCGAGCGGGGCUCAUUCUAAGCCCAUUAGCCACAAUGUAAUGCGGACAUUAUUUCACAGAAUCUGACAGCGAUCAGCGAGGUCAUUAACGACAGUAUAUGUUAUCACAUUUUUAAGCAGCCUUUACAAUUUAUUUUAGAGUCUUAGUCCAAAGUUUUUAAAAAACGAAAAGCCCAGAUCUGUGACGUAGGCCUAUCUCUGCUAAAUACAAUUUAAAAACGUUUAUGAUGCUCUUUAUUUUAAGUUUCCCUUUUUUGUUAUUUUUAUUUAAAGUAUAUUGUUUAUAAAUGUGAAGUGUAAAGUAAUAUGUCAAGGAAUUGAUAUUGAAUUCUGUCAUUUUAAAACUUCAACAAAAAUGAAAAAAGAACCAGUGCGCACCUUAUAGCAAAAAAAACUUUUAAUUUGUGUUUUUGUCACCAGCAAUACAGUACGUUUAGUGAGUUUCUUCGGAUGCCCUGUUGAAAUAAUAAAAAAAAUAUUGUGAUUAAUUUAAUUUAAUUUUCGUUUUUAAUUUUUUUUUUUUUACAAUAUCCGGAUGAGGGGUUGGAUGACGGAGCUCUCGUCUCGCGCCAAUUACUUACUUCCUCUCUGGAGUCGUUGAGUAAGGUAGGCUAAAGUUAUUGGCAAUCUCAUGAACAAGUAGCCUAUAUAAUUCUAGGAAAAUGUAUGAAAAAGUGCAAAAAUUAGUCAAGUACGUUGCUGUGGUAUUGUCAUGACUGCCUUUUGCCAAUUUGAACUUUUUGUGACAUUGUUUUGGUGUUGUCUGAAAUCAUCCUAUCUGGGUUGUAUUCACUGUAACAACCGCAUCUCUCUCCAUUAUCCUAUUACAUGGCUACUUACCACAUAAAUCAAUAAUUUGACACAAAAUAUUGAUUUAAAACAAGGAGUUUAGUUUAUUGAUUUAAAUACGAUUUUAUUGCUUCCGCUAAAGAAAAUAGUCCGUUCGGUUUCAGCGGAUUCAUCACUUGAUCAAAUAGCCAUCGCGCGCAUUUAGGCAACAGAAGUGGUGUUAUUCCCCAUUGGUUCCAACGUGUUAGCAACUCAGAAAGUUUAUUAAAACUGUUUCCCAGCAUCAAAAUGUCUGGUUGUUACGUUUGGUUGCACCAAUAUAAUAUACUAAUAUACUUAUAUAUGUAUCUGAAUACUUUAUAUUUGGCCAUCUGCUAACGUCUUCUAUCCACUCCACUAUGGGACACGGUUCUGGUAACUGUGUUGAAAAAGUUGAAAGUCAAAAUAUUUUAUCAAGUGUUGUGUUUUUGUUUUUUAGAUUCUACCAACCUAACUUACCUGCUAUCACUAGUAGAUCACCACACCCAAAGGCCCUUUUAAGCGCCAACCUAUCUGAAUUUGUGCACUGUUUGUCUUUCGGCCUGUCUCUUAUCUCUGUCUGCCCCUUUGUCCAUCUUAGUGUCUGUCGUCUUUUUUCUGUCUGCCCCUCUGUCCAUCUUAGUGUCUGUCUUUUUUCUGUCUGCCCCUCUCUCCGUUUUUGUGAUGAACACUACACGUGUCACCGACUGUCAAGAUGGCAGUUACAUGGAGGGGAGACGGAUGGCUCUUGAAAUGAGCUUAGAACAUGUUCUGACGGAAGCCAGGAAAGAAUCCAAGGAGCAGAGGCAAGUUUCCCGUCCGCCAAUCCCAAAAAGGGUGUGUUUAGGGCUUGGCAAGCCAAGGGGGAGGCGUGGGGGGAGGCGUGGAGGGCGCCCCAAAGCCUCAGCUACCGUUCCACACAACCAGAUCAGGGACUACUUGGUCAAUGAAGAGCUUCCUGCAGCCAGUCUUGAUCCUCAAGUGGAAUUUGAAAAAAACAUGGAGAGCCUCUCUGCUAUGAUGUCUGAAUCCCCUGAAAUCCAGAGGGCAGCAUCAUCAUGGACUUUCAGGCAGCAACAAGCCGCACAGAGAUGGAAGGAGGCAAGGCCAUUUCACCUUAAAUGCCUCAUCCAAACUCAGGAUGUUGGCCAACCAUUUUGUAGCCAUUGCAGCAAGCCUGCUGUUGUAAGAUGCAGAGAGUGCCUACCAGACCAGUGGUUCUGUGAAACCUGCGAUACCAGUAAUCACAGGAGAUGGCCACUCCACGAUAGGGAGUCAGUCCUUGAGGGCUUUUUUAAAGCUAUUCCCCCAUCCACAUAUUUUGUAGGAGGGGAGGGAGGUUACACCUCACAUGACCAAGCUUGUAUUUUGCCAACGGUGAGAGUGACUCAGAAAUGUCCCUGUGAAGUCCCUAGUAUAACUGUGUCACCUGGCAAAGCAGUCAUUUUAAUUUCCAUCAAUGGGCGUUAUGACAUGCACCAGCCAUUGUUUGCAUGCCAAACAUGCCAGCAGCAGUGGGCUCCAGAGUUCAUGGACCUCGUGAACAGUGGAUACUGGCCAGCUUCCACCAGCUCUUCUACUCUGUAUACCCUCAAUCUUUUCAGCAGUGUAAGAGAACUGAAAAUCAUUGCGCCGGCACUGUCCAGACAAGCCUUUGCAAAGCUGUUGGAACAUCGUACAAAGUGUGGUGGGCGGUCAGGACCAGUAUGUGGGGACACGCUGCAGCGCAGCUUUCUGGAGUUUUCCUAUUGUGCUUUUGAGGAAGACAACUUGUCCUGCGGUGCACCUUUCACCUGCCCCGCUUGCACCCCAGACAUGCUGGCAAUUUCUGUGGAUGGCAACAGGAAGCUAUACCGGUUUCUUCGAAACGGAAGCUCUGACUCUUCAUUUUUUGAAGGGGCAUUUAUUGCAGAAGACAAAUCUGUGUCUGCAUUUGUUGAUGCCUUGCAUAAAGCUGUGAAACAGCUACCUGGACAAGGCAGAUGUGGGAGCUCUUCGUGGACAGCAGCGAAGGAGACUUCUAGGAGGACCUUCAAGUUGGACGAAGAGGGCAUGGAGGUUGCGGUGUGUCGGCAUGGUUUCCUCCUUAAAGCACUUAACAUGUUUAGAGGUGAAAUCUUUGCCUACCCCAUGUAUCUGCACAAGGAGUUGAUGAGUUCAAAGCCAAGGUUUAUCGCCAUGGAUGUAAUGUGUAAAUACUGGCCAUAUUUACACAAAUCAGCAAACAUCCUUCCUGAUCUCCAGGGGCUAACAUCAAUCAGACCUUUUUUAAGUGUCAUGCAUGCUACAGCACAUUCCACCAAGUGUGAGAUUACAUGGAGUGGCAAAAACCAAGAAGGAGCAGGGUCAACUGCGGGGGAGGAAGUUGAACAGGUGAACAGCUACCUCUCCCGCUGUGCAUUAACGACCAAAUACAUGUCGAAAGGAGCACGUGUGGAUAUGCUUACCAUCCAUGCUAUGGCCUGGAACGACAAAAAAAACACUACACUACAUCGGGCAUUGUCGGCAAGAUAUGUGAAGACUUGCCAGAGGCUUCAGGAGGAGACUGCAAGUCUAGCGGAGCUUAAAGAAAGCUUGGCUUGCACCGAUGAAGCAGUGUGGGUUUCUGAUGUGAGGGAAUGGGCAGCUGGUGACACAACAGGUACUUCCCUUGAGCAGUCCAUUGAGGGACGUUACCUUAACCUCAGGCAGCGGAAGCAGGCUCUGUACCGCCAAAAUGAUAGUGGCAAGUUCCGUCACCGGCUGCGGAGGAAAAUUGCUGAGAGCAAGAGACUGCUAGUGAAAGACAUUGAGACCUAUAAUAGUCAUGAGCCUGCCAUGCCAAUUGAUUUAAAUGAAGUGGAGCAGUCGCUAUCAGGAGACAACCCAUCCCCAACAUGGCCAUGGGAGGUUCAUGGCAGUGCACAAAUCGAAGACAAGUUAAAAGUUUUUAACAAAGCCAUGCUGAAAAUGAGACUGGAGGAGGAAAGGACAAUACUUGUUCAGGAGAUGGCCCAGCACUGCUCAUGGUUGCAGAGGUUGCAGGCAACUCUUACAAGAAAAACUUCAGAGGAAGACAAGCGAAACAAGGGCCUUUCCUGUCUCUGCAGAAGACGACUGUCUGAAGUUUCGGAUCUGUUGAAAGAGGUGCUCUUACAAUACAAGGCUGUUUUAGGCCCUCAGGGCUCUGCUAUAGAACUGGAAGAGAAUGAAAGUGAUUUCAGCAGUCCAGACACCAGUGAAAAUGAAGAGGAGGAGUGCAGGGAGGAGCUACCGGGCAGGUGUAUGUAAUUGCUUGAUUGCGGCCUGGGGAGUGUAAAAGGACUUCAUGGAUGUCAUUCCGGGAUUCUUCCGUGUGGCUCAAUCAGCUCCCUUGUUCAGUAGUCAGGGCACUGAUCAGGGAGUCGGCCAUUUUAAGGGCUGUCUCAAUUGCAAAAUCCGUUCAGUGCACUGGAACAUUCUUUCCUUAAAAAUUCCCACAAUGCAACGCAACAACCAGUGAGCAUCCAUGGUCCCUAUGUUCCCUAACCGGAAAUCACGUAACCUUUUCUGAAGCUCGCCAACCGAACAUCAUGUGAUCCAACUCAAUAAGUUUUAUGAAAUGUUACAGAACUUUUAUAAAGACAAACGUUUGUUUUAGUUGUAAAUAUAAACACACAUUGCUACACAGUAAGGGACCACAAUCUACUCAAUAUUUAAAAUAAUAAUAUUUAUUUAAAAUUGUAAAUAUAUUUAUUACAUUUAAAAUGUAAUUAUAUGCCUCCAAUUUUAUGCACAUAUAUGUAAGAGAAUAAUGACAGCAUUUUUCACAAUGUACUGUUUUUAAAAUUAAGUCAGAGAGAUGUUGGUUUUGCUGGUUGUUGAUGAGUAUCAGCUGUGAGUGAUUACAACGCGCUUAAGCAGCCACGUGACAGAAAAAUAACUGAACAGUGUCCCAAUGUGAAGUGAGCUAGGGUCCUUACCAGUGCCCGAACCUGUGUACAUGAUAUACUGAUUCACAACCUCGGGAGCUAGGGAACGAAUUGAGACACACGGCUUCUCUCCUGUAUCACAUUGUUUUGUUUUUUGUUUGCCUUUUUGUCAUAUGACUGAUUACGCCACACUUUUAUUUCAUACCAUAUCAUUUAUACUGAUUAUUGCUUAUUUCUCAUUUUUCGUCUUGCAUAUUUACUGUAAUAAAUUACUAUAAAAUAAACAAAUCACUUUUUUGUAUCUUUA